AUGUUGAAGCAGGAAAUGCAGAGAGGACUGGAGUCAACAGUAAGAAGCUCUGCAUUGCAAGACAAGAAAAGAAUCUACAGACCUGGAGUCAACAGUAAGAAGCUGAAGAACUCCAGGGAGGGAGGAACUAUCUAUGUGGAUGGAGCAUUGAUGGAAUCAGAUAUCAUCAGUGAUGGGAUCAGUGAUCAUGUGACCCAAUCACCAGAGAGUGAUCAAGUCCAAAACCCAUCCUCAACACGCAAUCCAAGGGGGGGUGAUGUCAAGGGAACCCCCGCUUCGGACCGCUCUGCCUUCGAUUAG